AUACGCACCAUGACCUACAAUAAAACUCUGAACUCUGUUCUUACUUCGAAUCAUUUGAUAGAUUGUAACAUUCUGGAUUCACAUUCAUAUCAGAUAUAUUUAUUGAAAAGAUAAAUGGAGGAUAAAGACGAGAACGGACACGCUGUAAAAUACUACCGAUUGUCGGAAAUCGAGGAACGAAAUUCAUUCAAGAGUACAUGGAUUAUAAUCAACCAUAAAGUCUACGAUGUCACCACAUUUUUGGAGGAGCACCCAGGUGGAGAGGAGGUCUUGAGAGAGCAGGCCGGCGGCGAUGCCACAGAGAGCUUUGAAGAUGUCGGACACUCCUCAGAUGCCAGGGAGAUGGCUGCCAACAUGGUCAUUGGAGAACUGCAUCCAGAUGACCGACUGAAGAUUGACAAACCUUCAGAACCACUCAAGGAAACCUCUAGUUGGUGGACAAACUGGUUGAUCCCUUGUUUGGCUGCGGCUGUCGUCACGGUGAUGUACCAAAUGUACACGUCGGAGAAGUGACUGCGCCAUCCGUUCGUCACCUUUGCAAAUCAAAUGUCAAUCAAUAUAACUGGCUUCAGAAUGACAGCUACAGAGCCUGCGUUUGAUCCCUGAGAAACCAUUGCUGCCUUUUGGGAUUUGUACAGCUCAUAUGCAGUACUAUAGUACACAGGAUUAAUUGAAUAUUUUUCAUCCAAUCGCUCGGCAUCAUGUCAAUGAAGGCAUAUAAUUUUGUUAUUGUGUUAACCUUCAUUUUCCUCUCCUGAUUUACAUAUUGAUAUAUACAGUCAUGGAAAAAUUAAGUACAUCUCCUGGAUUUUUAAAAUAUAUUUUUUAACAUAUAUGGACAAAUGGAUAUGUAAUCUUCACUUGAACACUAUUGACAGAUAAAGGUAACCUAGUUUAACCAAUGACACUGAAUGAUUACUUUGCAAUCAUUUAUUCAUAAAAAAUGUACAGAAAUGCAAUUCCAGUGCUGAAAGAAUAAGUACACACCUAGCUUCAAUAGCUGGUGUUGCCCCCUUUUGGCUGAAAUAACUUAAUGUAGUCAUUUUUUGUCACUGUCUAUCAGUUUCUUACAUCGACUGGGAUUCAUUUUUGCACACUCGUCUUUACAGUACUGCUUCAACUGUGCCAUGUUCGAGGGCUUUAUUGCAUGCACGGCCUGCUUCAAGUCCCCCCACAGCAUUUCGACAGAAUUGAGAUCUGAGCCUUGACUCAGCCAUUCCAUAAUCAGCCCCAAACCAUAAUGCUACCAAACCCAUGCUUUACAGUUGGUAAGAGGUUCUUCUGUUCAAAGGCAGUGUUUCAUUUUUGCCAAACAUGGUUUCUGGCAUCGCAACUCCAACUUUGACUCAUCUUUCCAGAGCACAUUGUUCAAGUAGUUUUGGUCUUUACCCAAGUGUUGUCUGGCAAAUGUCAGUCGUGUCUUGAUUUUCUUUUUUGAGAGAAGAGGCUUCUUUCUUUCUUCCUGACCUCCCAUGUAGGCCAAGUUUGUGCACUCUCUGACAGUUGACUCAGGCACUUCGACAUUAAUUGUGGCAAGAGAGGCCUGUAAGAUCCCUUGAUGUUACCUUGGGGAUCUUAGAGACUUCUAUGAGCAUCUUUCGGUCAGUUCUUGGGCUGAAUUGGUUAAGACCAAACCAGACCAAGUUUCAAAUCUUUUUGGAAGGCUGGACCCACCCAAGUUACAUUCUAACGAUUUUCUAAUAAUUUCCACCGGUUCUGGUUCAAAUUUUAGCAAUAUUAUGUGAUGGUAAAGGUAGGGGUGUACAAUCUUUUCCGCAUAAGGAAAUUCGAUUUUUGAUUGCAUAAACAUAUUCAAAGUGUUAAUUUUAUGUGAUUUGUUAGAUUGGGUUACCUUUAUCAAUGAAUGUAGUUGGAAUUUAGCUCAAAUAGCCAUAUUUACAUUACACAUACAGUACCAGUCAAAGGUUUGGACACACCUACUCAUUCUUAAUUUUUACUAUUUUCUACAUUGUAGAAUAAUAGUGAAGACAUCAAAACUAUGGAAUCAUGUAGUAACCAAAAGUGUUAAACAAAUCAAAAUAUAUUUUAGAUUCUUCAAAGUAGCCACCCUUUGCCUUGAUGACAGCUUGGCACACUCUUGGCAUUCUCAACCAGCUUCACCUGGAAUGCUUUUCUAACAGUCUUGAAGGAGUUCCCACAUGCUGAGCACUUGUUGGCUGCUUUUCCUUCACUUUGCGGGUCCAACUCAUCCCAAACCACCUCCAUUGGGUUGAGGUCGGGGGAUUGUGGAGGCCAGGUCAUCUGAUGCAGCACUCCAUCACUCUCCUUCUUUGUCAUAUAACCCUUACACAGCCUGGAGUUGUGUUGGGUCAUUGUCCUGUUGAAAAACAAAUGAUAGUCCCACUAAGCGCAAACCAGAUGGGAUGGCGUAUCACUUGCAGAAUGCUGUGGUAGCCAUGCUGGUUAAGUGUACCUUGAAUUCUAAAUAAAUCACUGACAGUGUAACCAGCGACGCACCAUCACACCUUCUCUAUGCUUCACGGUGGGAACCACAAAUGCAGAGCUCAUCGGUUCACCUACUGUGCGUCUCACAAAGACAUGGCGGUUGGAACCAAACAUGUCAAAUUUAGACUCAUCAGACCGAUGGAGAGAUUUCCACCGAUCUAUUGGCCAUUACUCGUGUUUCUUGGCCCAGGCAAGUCUCUUCUUAUUGGUGUCCUUUAGUAGUGGUUUCUUUUCAGAAAUUUGACCUGAAGGCCUGAUUCACGCAGUCUCCUCUGAACAAUUGAUGUUGUGAUGUGUCUAUUACUUGAACUCUGAAGCAUUUAUUUGGGCUGCAAUUUCUGAGGCUGUAACUCUAAUGAACUUAUGCUCUGCAGCAGAGGUAAAUCUGGGUCUUCCAUUCCAGUGGUGGUCCUCGUGAGAGCCAGUUUCAUCAUAGCGCUUGGUGGUUUUUGCGACUGCACUUGAAGAAACUUGAAAAGUUCUUGACAUUUUCUUGACAUUUUCCAGAUUGACUGACCUUCAUGUCUUAAAGUGAUGGUGGACUGUCAUUUCUCUUAUUUGAGCUGUUCUUGCCAUAAUAUCGACUUGGUCUUUUACCAAAUAAGCCUAACUUCUGUAUACCACCCCUACCCAUGUCACAACACCAAUUGGCUCAAAUUCAUUAAGGAAAUACAUUAAAAUGUUUUACUUUUUGGCACACCUGUUAAUUUAAAUGCAUUCUAGGUGACUACCUCAUGAAGCUGGUUGAGAGAAUGCCAAGAGUGUGCAAAGCUGUCAAGGCAAAGGGUGGCUACUUUGAAGAAUUUGUUUAACACUUUUUGGGGGUUACUACAAAAUUCCAUAUGUGUAAUUUCAUAGUUUUGAUGUCUUCACUAUUAUUCUACAAUGUAGAAAAUAGUAAAAAUAAAUAAAAACCCUGGCAUGAGUAGGUCUGUCCAAAACUUUUGACUGGUUAUGUAUGUAUUUUUUAAAGACCACUUUCCAGGGGUUAUACUUGCUUUUUCACAUGACUGUGUGUAUAUAUAAAUAAAAUAUGUAUUUACAUAUGGAGAUUUUAGACAAAUGUAGAUUCAUGUAUUGAGAAUGUAAAAUUGAAAUAGACAGGUAACUGCCAAAAUAAAGGGGAAAAAAUAAGGUGUUUUAAUAUGGCAUUGGGCUACCAUGAGCCAGAACAGCUGGAGCUCUGAGGGAUGCGACACCACCCAUAAUUUGGUACUUUGUUAUUUGUGGUGGAAACGCUGUCUCGGGCGCCGCUCCGAAAUCUCCCAUAAGUGUUCAAUUGGGUUGAAAUCUUAGCGGUAUUCUAUGAAGCAAGCUAGAUCUACUCAGUGUUUUCUAAAGCUUACCGGCUUCAGUUAGCUUCACAUUCCAGCUCAGGCUUCAUCUGUACUAUGACGGUGGAUAUUGCUCCUCUGCUUGCCUCUAACUCUAGCAGGCUUGUAACUGUGUAUGCCUGUCGUACAUGGCUAGUCAAAUGCCAAACUCUUCAUUGACACAAUGCUGAAACAUCAAUCCAUGGCCAAGUUAUAUUGAAAUAAUGCAAUCUUUGCAAUAGGGAGGGUAUCUGAUUUCACUGGUCCUCAACUCACAGCUCAGUCAUUUCAUUCAGGGUAAGUGGAGUUAGCAGUGAGUUAGCCUGCGCCGGAGCAGGUUAGUUCUGAAGGAUUCGUUGCCAUAGAAAUUUACCUGGCUAAAAGGUGAACCACUUUCGUAUGUCCAGUUAGCCCGAGUUGACUAAAGUUACCUCUAACUCCUCAUCUGCUUCGUAGGAUACCCCUCUGGUGACUGAGAUGGCCAUGGCAUAUGGUUUACAUCGUUUUCAUGCACAUCGAACCAUUGAGUGACCUGUGGAUGGGGGCAUUGUCAUCCACUGGCCGGGCAAAGCAUUUUUAUACAUGGAAUUUGAAUUGCUUAAUUCACCCUUGAACCACAUCUGUGUGGAAGCACCUGCUUUCAAUAUACUUUGGAUCCCUUUGUAUUUACUUGAGUUUCCAUGAUUUUGGCAGUUACCUUUUAUAUAUUUUUAUGUUGUCAUAUCACUAUUACUCUAACAUACUGUAACCCUGUGAUUGAAACAGAACAUGGAAGUUUAGGCUUAUAAAAGCAGCCUAUAAUAUCUUAUGUGCUUCACAUCUUACCUUUGCAUUUUAACAUAUGCACAACUGUGAACCGAAUGGUCCCAAAACCCAGUAUGCAAAACUGUUAACCCACUCGUCUCACAUUUCUGGUGACAUGGGUCUCAAUGUUCCAUAGAGAAGGCCACAUUCUUGCACUGAUUUUAAGUGACUGCUGUGUCGAGACUCACACUUUGGGAGCCAUUUUAAUCGGGAUUAAGUUGACCCCAUAUGACCAGUACAAUGUGUUAAAAAAAAAAAAUUGGGGUAAAAUAUCAUGGUUGUCCCUGCUUUUAAACUGCCAGGGUGUUAGAAGGCAGGGGAACUCACCACUGAAUGUUCUACAGCUGCUCAAAAGUCAUUUGACAUAUUCCAUUUUUGUUUUUUAAAUAAAAUAAUUCAAAAAAAGGUG